ACCACAGGUAGAGGCGCUCUUUGCGGAAGUGACUGGAAUGCUGACUCGCUUUUUGACAGAGGAAGGAAGAGGAACCGAGCCAGCCGACAGUCUUCCAUACAUUUGAUAUAGCUAAUAAAAUCUGCUUUGUGUCUGUGGCGUUUUAAAGCACAGGAUCAUGUCGAAAAACACCGUGUCCGAUCGUUUCAGGAAAGUAGAUGUGGACGAAUACGACGAGAACAAGUUUGUGGACGAAGAGGAUGGAGGCGAGAACCAACUCGGUCCAGAUGAGGCAGAAGUUGACUCCCUUAUCAGGCAGGGUAACCUAAUGGGUGCCCUGCAAGCUGUUCUGAAGAACCCUCCCAUCAACACAAAGAACCAGAACGUCAAGGACCGUGCAGAGGGCCUGGUGCUGAAGGUGCUCAGCUCCUUUAAGAGCAGCGACAUCGAGAAGGCGGUGCAGUCUCUGGACAAGACCUCAGUGGACCUGCUCAUGAAGUACAUCUACAAGGGCUUUGAGCAUCCCUCGGAGAACAGCAGCGCCGUGCUGCUCCAGUGGCAUGAGAGGGCUUUGUCAGCAGGAGGGGUUGGCUGCAUUGUAAGAGUACUGACAGCCAGAAAGACCGUUUAACCAGCUGGUGGAAUGCUCUCUCUGACCCCCCCCCC